AGUGCGCUAGGGCUUUCGAGGCACAAAACCAAUUUUCAGGCUGAUUUACCCGCGCUUCCACUUUGCGAGCAUCCCUUUCGCUUUCCCAUCGACCGGCACAUUGACACCGACAGCGAGUCAAGAUGGGUAGAGGACCGAAGAAGCACCAGAAGCGCCUUAGUGCGCCCUCGCACUGGCUUCUCGAUAAGCUGUCGGGCGCCUACGCCCCUCGGCCGUCUCCUGGUCCGCACAAGCUCCGCGACUGCAUGCCGCUGAUCGUCUUCGUCCGCAACCGCCUCAAGUAUGCGCUCAACUACCGCGAGACCAAGGCCAUCCUGAUGCAGCGCCUCGUCAAGGUCGACGGCAAGGUCCGCACCGACAUCACCUACCCGGCCGGCUUCAUGGACGUCAUCACGAUCGAGAAGACGGGCGAGAACUUCCGCCUCGUCUACGACACCAAGGGCCGCUUCACCGUCCACCGCAUUCAGGAUGAGGAGGCCAAGUACAAGCUGGGCAAGGUCAAGCGCGUUCAGCUCGGCCGUGGUGGUGUGCCAUUCUUGGUUACGCAUGAUGCGAGAACCAUCCGCUACCCCGACCCGCUGAUCAAGGUGAACGACACCGUCAAGAUCGACCUGGAGACGGGCAAGAUUACCGACUUCAUCAAGUUCGACACUGGCGCCAUUGCCAUGGUCACCGGUGGUCGUAACAUGGGCCGUGUCGGCGUCAUCACCCACCGUGAGCGCCACGACGGUGGCUUCGGCAUCGUCCACCUCAAGGAUGCCAUUGACAACACGUUCGCCACCCGUGAGAGCAACGUCUUCGUCAUCGGCAGCGAGAAGCCCUGGAUUUCCCUGCCCAAGGGCAGGGGUGUCAAGCUCACCAUCGCCGAGGAGCGCGACCGGAGACGGGCGCACGCUCUGGCUGGUCACUAAAUCAUGCUGGAUGGAGUACCGGGUGUCACUUUUAGUUUAGGCUCGGCAAGAUGGCCCUCUUGCUAACAGGUAUACCCGGGUUAGGAAUUGACCCGAAUACUCAACUGCCCGUCCGCAUUGAGACUUGCCUUUUGUUCUUUCCCCGGUUGUUCCUUGCAU